CAACAAAACAAGUUGGCCCAUGUGCUUUUCGCUUUUCCGUAGGUUUCCCAAAAAAAAGUCAUCGUGAGGAAGCAUGUGAUUAAUUUUUCUUCAUUCGAACGAUUUUAUUAUAAAUUAUUAUAUAAAAAUCCAGUUUUUCCUCUUACUUUGCCUGCCUUUUACUGAUUUUGACUUUCUUUAGAUGGAUCAAUAUUUCAAGUCGUUGAUACAGGAUACAUGCAGGCCGAGUCGUCUCUAAUUGUGUAGUACUGUCGAGGAAAUUUACGUAAUUUUUUCAUCCACAAUUUAAGUCUCCCUUGUAAGAAUGCCUGAAUUUGAACGGUCAAACGAAGAAACGUCAAAAUCAAAGCGGCGAAAAUCUUCAAGUUUCAUAGACAAUAGCGAUGAUGAAGCAGCUGAUGAAUACGUGAAGGCCAAACGAAGAAAAAGAGACAAUCUUCCUGCAGCCAAGGAGGAGAAACGGAAGUCAAAAGGAUUUAAAAAGUCAAAAACUUACAAAGCAGACAUUGUAACUGAUGUAAAAAUAGUUACCAAAGAUGAUUGCUCAUUGUUGAAUUAUGAGGCUGUGUCAGCGGAUUUAGUUAUACUUGGGUGUGUGUCUGAAAUAACCCCAUCUGGAGUUACAAUAUCAUUACCAGGAUCAAUAUUUGCUGUUGCUCCGAAGAGUUUUAUUACUCCUCACCGAGACAUCAAUUUACGAGACAUUCUUAGUGAGCGCCAGCUUGUUGUAUGCAAGGUCAUCUCAAAAAGAGCAUCUCUUGAUAACACAUGGAGAGUUCUAGUUUCUCUUGAUCCGGCCAACGUAAAUGCCCACAUACCUCACUACGCUGUUGAUGUGGGUAUGUCAUUAAUGGGAGUCGUUCAAAGUGUUGAAGACCAUGGUUAUGUGAUUGACAGUGGGAUAGCGAAUCUGCGUACAUUCUUAUCCACGAAAGCUGCUGAAAAUUGGUGUAAAACCCUCAACGAAGGAAAACCUUUAGCUGUUGGCCAGUUGAUUCGGUGUCUUGUAUCAAAACGAAGCUCAAACAAUAAUGCAUCUAAUGUGGAAUUAACAACAGAACUGGAUGUUUCAAAACUAGUUAUCAAUAGUAAUGUGAACAUCUCUAAUGUCUUACCUGGAAGUUUCGUCAACUGUUCUGUCAAAAGGAUUUUAUCAGAUGGAGUAAAAGUCUCAGCGCAAGGCCUGCGUUGCCCUGCUUUCGUCAAUGAUCUCCACAGGUCAUCAAAAAACAAGAAAAAUAAAAACUUAAAUGCCCAGUUUCCAGCGGUCAUUUUGUAUGCUGACACUCUGAAAAAUAAAGUUUUGCUCGGAUCUCACUCCUGCUUGCAAUCACUACAGCUCCCAAAAGCUGAAUAUCCCAAUCAAGCAACUAUUGACUCUGCAAAAGUAGAAUCAGUUCGGAAAGAUGGUGUUGUAGUCAAAUUUUUAAAAGAUGGUAGAUCUCUAAAGGGAGUGAUUUCUCUCAGCAGUGCCGAAAAAUUAAUAACACCAAAGACGCCGGAAACCCAAACUAAAGAUACUGCGACAAAUGCAACGGACUCAGACUAUGCGUCAAAUAAUUCAAUUGAAGAUACACCAGCUCCUGAAAAGACACCCUCCCAAUCCAAUACAUUCAAUAGAUUGCAGAAGAAAUUGAAGGCUCUAAAAAUUAUCCCAUGUUGCAUUUCAAACUACAGUUACAUAGAUCAAAUCUACCUGUGCUCAGUAAAAAGUGACUUUGAAGAGGCAGAUCUGAAUUUAGGUGACUUGCGCUUAAAGACGCGUCCAGAUUGGCUUGUAGUCGGUCGUAAGUUUUCAGUGACCAUUACCAAAGUCACCAGUCAGUUUAUUUGCGUAAAGGUGAAUGAUUUUGAUAUUAUCGGUGUUAUACCGACAAGUGAGCUCUCGGAUAAUCUUGAACUAACAUCGUUUCUUUUUCAAUCAUAUUGUGAAGAUGAUAUCAUUGAAAAAGCAUACUUUUGCUACUUUGAUGACAAUGUCCCUGUGUUCAGCGUAAAACCUUCGAUGAUGCAAUUUUUCAAAGAAAAUGGGGACAAAUUGAUUAAUGGUUGGUCAUCAGUUGUCGAAGGAAUGCGUAUUCCCUGCAUUGUUUCUGAAGUCAUCGAUCGUAGAGUCUCAGGAAUUGUUGUCUCAACCCACGUUCCUUCAUUUCCGCAAGUCAUGGUAUUUGAUGAGAAUUUGCUCAUCUCUGAUUUACCAGCAGUGCGACCAGAUUCCAAGCAGACAAUCCUUAGUUUAGUAACAAAACAUGACGAAACAGAGCUUGCCCUUGACUGCCGUUUACACAAAGUUUGGGACUUCAAUUUGCUCCAGAGCAUUGAAUAUUUUCUAGAAUUUUUAAAUGAGAUGGCCAGAGUUCAAAGAUUAAGCACAGGGACCAGCAUCCAGUGUACAGCAAGUAGCAGAAAUAGUGAUGGAUCUUGGAAACUGAACUUCUCAGUCUAUACCGGUAUUCAUGGACAUUUGGCCGCAGACUUCUGUGAGGAAAAUAAAAUCAAAACUGGUACUAUUGUCAAUGCAUCUGUUUUAUGGGAAAAUCCUGCAGAAAACACAGUGUAUGUUUGCAACAAGAAUGCAAUCAAUCCUGAAUUAGACCCAACUGCGACGAAAGAGGGGUCAAUAGUCCGGUGUAAAAUUUUAUAUAAACAUGUAGAUUUCAAUAUUGGGGUUAUUGUGUCCGAUGACAAAAGCUUAAGUGGACAAGCAGUAUACGUAUUGACCAAGUUGCAUCAGAAUGACUUUCAAAGAGUGUUGAGUCAGAUCAGUGUCAAAGUGGCGGAUACCAUAAAUGUUCAAAUUUUAAAGGUAGAAAAUAGCUUUAUCCUCGGCAUUCUGACUGAUGCUUUAGAGAUUAUCAAGAUGGAAUCUAAUCGAUCUUUAGAUACUGUGCUAGACACGGCAAUACAAAAAGUAAAUAAAUCUGAAACUGCAGAUAAAGGGUCCAAAAAGAAGAAGAAAGUCGAUAAGAUGGAGGUAGGAGGAAAGAAAAACAAAUUACUCAUGAUGCUUGAUGAUAUGGUUCAAGAUGAUAGCGAAGAUGAUGAAGAAGAAAAGAGGUCACCUAAAGUAAAUGGAUUGAAAAGUAAGGAUAAGAAAGAUAAGACCCCAAAACAAGUUUUGGAAACCAGGAAAAUGGAUCUUGAAGAUGACGAAACUAUGUGUUUAAUUGACUCAUCCAAACCAAGAAAAUCGAUUGAAACCAAGUUGUCGGAUACUGGAUUUGAUUGGAAUGCAUCUCUGGCAACGCUGCAAGAAUCGCUUGCUGGUGAUGUCGUGAGCGAGGAAGAAGAAGUUGCUGAGGUUCCAACGAAGAAAAAGAAAAAAUUAAGUGCUGCAGAAAGACGAGAAUUAUCAAAACAAAAAGAAGCAAAAAUCAGACAAGCCGAAGAAGAACUAUUGAAUGCUGAAAAGAAUCCCCAGUCAGCAGAUCAUUUUGAUCGGCUACUUCUGGCAUCACCCAACGAGUCGGUACUUUGGAUCAAAUACAUGGCAUAUCAUUUACAGGGAACUGAAAUUGAAAAAGCCAAAAGUGUAGCUAAACGUGCCUUGGAAACCAUUAAUCAUCGAGAAGAGGCUGAACGACUGAAUGUUUGGAGUGCCUUGCUGAAUCUAGAAAAUAUGUAUGGAACCCCUGAAAGCUUUCAGAAAUGUUUUACUGAAGCCCUCCAAACAAAUGAUGAAUGGAGUGUUUACUCCAGGGUGAUGCAAAUCUAUGUCACCUCCAAGAAAAUAAAAGAGUUAGAGAAACUAGUGGAUUUGGCGACGAAGAAACUUCGGAACUCUUUCGAUGUUUAUGUUCAGUGUGGAGAAUUUUUGUUACAAGUAGGCUCGAUAGAGAAGUCACGUAGCAUUAUGCAGCGGGCUUUGAGUGCUUUGCCGAAAAAGCAACAUGUCGAUUUAACCGUCAGAUUUGCCCACCUUGAAAAUCGACUUGGAGAUCAGGAAAGGGCACAAACAUUAUUUGAACAUAUUUUGACUACAUUUCCUAAAAGAAUCGAUGUCUGGAUCUCGUAUGUAGAUUUGUUAACCAAAGCAAAUCGGAUUGAUCUUGCAAGGCAAGUUAUAGAAAGAGGUGUCGCUCAAAAAUUGAAACCACAGAAGAUGAAGUCUUUGUACAAAAAGUGGCUGAACUUUGAGAAGGAACAUGGCACUCCAGAAUCAGUUGCUGAUGUUAAGGAAGAAAUCAAGAAAUAUGCAGGAGUCAAAGACGAAGACUAGAUAGGUUUUUGUGUGUAUAUUGUUUUAUGAAAUAAAAAUGAGAAAAUACCAUACUAA